AUGAAUGAAGCGAAGCAGGCGCGCGAUCAAAUACAGACGAGGCUGGAGAAGUAUCAGAAUCAGGGUGGUACGUUCGCGGUCGCUUUCGACGAAGCUUCCGCCGUGAAUUCCCCAUAUAGAUACAUCAGCCUCAAUCUCCGGGCAGAAGGCUGCCAUGAAAAAGAUUUCUCGGCAGGUAAAGACACACAUCUCGGACUGAUCCAAAUAACCGGACGAGCUAACUCGUAUUUCAUAAGUGAAUCAAUCAAAUCUCGGAUGGAGAGUUUCGGCGUGCGACUCAGCAAGUGUCGUUUCGGCAUAACUGAUGGAGCGUCGGUAAUGAAAAGUGCCGUCGCGAAGCUCGGACUUCAAUCCCAGCUAUGUUUGCUUCAUGGUCUCCACAAUGCCCUCGAGAAAGUUUUACUUAGCAAUGUCUCUAACUCGCCAUCGAAUGUUGGGCACAUGGUCCCUGAUGGAGAUAGCAACGACGAAGAGAGCGAUGAUGACGACAUCCGUGACGAACUCGCAGACGAGAUGGAACUCGAUCCGCCGGAGGACAUGGAAUCUGACCUAGAUGGAGCUAUGGAGAUCGACCCCAAUGAUCAAAUCCAAACACCAUCAUUGCCCCAGUACAACGGGAAGCGUCUCACCAUAAUUCUUGACACGAGGAUCCGGUGGUACUCGACGAUUCGCAUGCUAGCAAGGGCUGUGCUCAUCAUGCCGGCCCUGAAUGCGGUCCUCGAGGACAACGAUGCACCGCGAAUCAAGCGAGCUGCGAGGGAGAAGCUUCGGAAUAUCCUCACAACGUUAUUGCCUUCCAAAACGGCCAUGAUUUGCUUGAGCUCAUCGGAAGCUACUCUCGCGCACGCUGACCGAAUCCUGAUGAUUCUCCUGAAUGGAUUAGAUCGUCGCGACGAUCCUUUCUCCGAAGCUGAGGAGAUACGGAAACGGAGAACCUUGAACUCGACACUCCUCCAAUACCUGCUCGAUCCCGAGUAUGACUUCAAGUUCGAGAAAAUGCUUGGCUUUUCCCAAAGCCCGGAAAAAGACCUCCGGAAUCAGAUAUUAGAGAUUCUGAAGCGUGAAGGGAUGUCGGAAAUCGGCGACAUUGAUCUCCAAGGCUCAGAGGAGGAUGAAGCUCCCCUCAGAGAAAUGGAUUUCGAUAGCGUUUUCACGACCCCUCUACUCAAUCAAAAGAAGCCGUUACCGCCAGUUCAGCCCACCGUUGCACGAUUGCGCACCGAGAUGAAGUUGUUUGAGGCCGGUCACGGCCACAAUCGAGAGUGUUCGGUGACGAAAGAAGCAUUCGCUGACCUAGUGAUAGCCACUCUGAAUGACCAAGUCGGGGCGCUGGUCAUUGUCGCUUUGUGGAGGAGGAAACAUAAGCUCUCGAUCAUCCAAACGCACGACUUCCUAGAGCAAGUAGUACUCCCCGGCCUCGAUUCUUUGAAAAGUUUCGCGAAGUUUCUCCACUCCCUUGGAAUCGAGGGUCUCGGGUGGAAAGCGGAGCAGCUAAGAUUCUACCAAUCGAAAAUCACCGAAGCAGUGAUCAGCUAUUGCCCGACUUCAGCACUGUGCAACGAGAUCGAAAGCUCAGGACCCGUCGAUACAGAUCUCUUGAAUCGAAUGACGUCGGCUGGCUUGAACGUAAUCGAUCUACGCGAGCUUGCUUUCCUGCUGCUAAACUGUGUGUCGAGAAGGCAUGAAGGAAACUCAGCGCUCGCUGUCUCGAACGUGUGGUCGGAUUACCUCCGGCCCGAAGAAGUCAGCCCGAACCCAGAGACCCUACGCGCUCGGCGAAAGUUCGCCCUCGAUUUCAUGGCGACGAUCUCCAGCUCGCAGUCAGUACUCCUUUUCGACAUCAUCGACAAAGAUCUAGCGAAACUGCUAUCGGAGUUGAUGCAGCUUCGAUUCUUCGAAUGUCUUCAAGUCCGCCGAUUCGUCGAGAUCGAAUCCGUCCGAUCCGAGACCGCGAAGGAAGUUUCGAUCGUGCUCCCAAAUAUCGACGAUCUGCCGGUAGAAAACACCGAUCCUACGCUGCACGAUCUCCUCAAGCUCUCCGCGAGCGGCCGUAUCAACCGGCAGGUGACAGCACAAGUUCGGAACGACGCCUGGAAGAAAAACAAACCGGAACGCGCAAGCCGAUCGGGACCCGCACAACCCUUCGACUUCGGAAAAACUUUCAAGGCGAGUAAGAGCAUCGUUCCGGUGAUUGAGAGCAUCAGCCAUCUCCUGGUCGAACACACGGAAUCGGAUCUCGCCGCCGCUGCUGCAGAAGACGCCAGGCGCGAAUCACUGGAUGCAGAGAUGAGAAGAAGCUCCAGCACCUCACCGACGAACUUAGAUGCACUCGCUCAAGCCGCCGCGACUUCCCAGCCGCUGUGCGCCAGCUCGUUCGCUUUCGUGCCAGCGAUUUCCGAAGCUCUUCGCGCAGUGAAGGAUUUUUUCCAACCAUGGUGGAGGACCAAAUACAACAAUACAAACAAUGAUGUCGAGCUCAAUCUUAACACCUCAACGACAAUAAUUGAAAUUCCUGACGAACUUGAGCUCGACGAUGAUUACGAUUUGACCCCGUUGAUAAAUCUACCGCGCGUCUUCAAAGACAAUGCGGUCUUCAAUACUAGUGGGGUGAUCGUUUCAAUAUCUGAGACGACACAUAUACAGAGGAUGCGGGAUAAUAAGCUCAUCCGUAAAUAUGAUUUACGAAUAACGGAUCAGCACGAGAAAUUGAUGAAAAUCACGGUAUGGAGCGACGAUCGCGUCGACAUCGUCGACAAUAUUGGCCGGGCUGUAAUACUUACCAGGGUCAAAACGAGGGUCUACAACGGCUUUCCGACCUUCACCCUCACGCAGGAUUCAGAAAAAAUUUUCGACGAUGCGAUCCACGACAUACAUGUCUUGAACGAAUGGUGGACAACUCGUAGCUCUGUUAGGGGGGAUCUCAGUCCUCUUUUCCAGUUUCCGAUAGAAAACAAGAAAGUCGACAUUGCGAAAAUGAUUGAUGAUCUCGUCGAAAUGCCGGCGGAGGUGUACGCCAAAUUCGUAGUCCGCGGCAAAGUAGUGAACUUCGAUGAUGAACUUCACUUUUACAAAUCGUGUCCGAAUGCCGAACUAGAAAAGGAAAUAGAAAAGAUAGCCAGCGAGGCAGACGUCGUUAAACUGGUGGCUAGAGACUGGGUGAAGGACGCAUUCGUAAAAACGAGGACGUGCACCCGAAGUAUCCUAGCACCCGCACCGAUCAGAGUCGUAGUCGCAAAUGAGGCGAAUUCGAAGGACAAGGAAGUCCUAACUAGACUAUCCGCGGCCUACCCGAACAUAGCCGAGCGACUAAAGAAGCUAGCUACAGGCAGACCGCUGCAGCUGAGAUGCAUGGAAGAGAUCGUCGACGAUGACGAUACAGAAUCGCGAACCCCGGACCCACAAAGACUGAUAAUAAUCAAGACGAACUCACCAGAACUGAAGGACAUCGUGACGGCACUUAAAACUGCUCUGAACAAAUUAGAGGAGGAUGACUCAGCAACCGUGACGAUCUUCAUGACUCACGACACUGAUGUCACCACAGCACUGAAAAUAAUCGAAUGUUGUUGUCAGCAAAACGUCGGAGUCGAGCUGUGCGCUAAAGGACGGAAGCUCAAGAGCAGACCUGAACGUAGCGAUACAAGCACGCUGAUAAUCAAGAAUGCUGAAGGUAACUCUUACGCAGACACAGUAAAAAAGAUGAAGGCAACGAUGAACCCGUCCGAGCUGAGCAUAAACAUCCAGAGAAUCACGAAAACGCGCGACGGAAACGUCGCUCUGAGACUCCGGGAUAGCAACACUGAGGCCUGCCAGAAGCUCCAGCAGGACAUCAACAAGCUGACCGGCAGUACAGUUCUGAUGAAACGAGAAGCAAAAAGCCAGAUAAUAGUCCACGACCUUGACGGCGCGACCUCGGCUGACGAGAUCCAGGCAGCAAUCAGGGCAGAAACGAGCGAAAAAGGAGAAAUCAUCGUGAAGGAACCGAAGGAGACACGAAACGGCACGUGGUCAAGCACAAUAACAACAUCAAGAGUCUGCGGCGAGCGUCUGCUCAAGGCCGGUAGACUCCGACUGGGUUGGAAUCUAUGCAGAAUAACCGAAAAGAUAGUGGUCCCAAUGUGCUCGAAUUGCGCAUGUGUGGGACACGACGCACACCAAUGCCAGACACAGAGAGGAGCAGCGAAGAGGUGCUACCGGUGUACCCAGGAGGGUCACGAGGCUGCGAAUUGCGAAAAUACACCACGGUGCAAUGCCUGCAAUAAGGAGGGAAACCAAGGAACGUGCCGCGCUGCACAUGACCUCAUGUUGCACACGGCAAAGCACUUCGGAGUCGAAAUCGUAUUGAUUACCGAGCCAAACAAAAAGAAAAUGGACAGCCAAUGGGUGACCGAUCAAAGAACCGACGCGGGUAUUAAGCUACUCACAAGGGGCACCCCUCUGAGAAAAGAAUCGGCUAAUGGUUUCGCCUGGUGUGACUACGAUAAUGACAACCCGGAAAACUCUAGCCACGGCUCACCUGAGACCAGAAGAGUCCUCGACCCGGAGAAAUGCCGGCAGGAGCUGGAAAGGCGGCUCAGGGGCAAAACGCUCGGAGCCAGGCAACUAACCGAGGAGACGAAGAAGGCAUGUAGGAACUCAAUGACCGAAAUCCCACAGAGGAGGAACCAAGCGUAUUGGUACAACCAGAGGAUAUCGGAACUCAGGAGGAGCUGCAUGAAAGCUCGACGGAAAAGCCUUAGAGCAAGUCCUGAAAGGUGGGAGGAAAACAGAAUUAUCUAUAGGGAAGCAAGGAGCGAGUUAAAUAGGGCUAUCAUUCAGUCAAAGAAGAAAAUAUGGAACGACCUAUGCGAGGAAGUGGGAAGAAACCCCUGGAGCAUAGGGUAUAAGAUCGUUAUGGAGAAAUUGCACAUCCAAAAGACCGACCUGACGAAGGAGCUGAUAGGGGAUGCCCUGAAAGUACUCUUUCCGGAGCACGAGCGAUUGGCCCGGCAGGCGGGCGAGGACGCCGCAGGACCAGCGGACUUCGAACCGAUCAACGACGAGGAACUAAAAGAGGUGAGUAAAAAACUAGCAACGAAUAAGGCUCCGGGGCCGGAUAAAAUCCCGGCAAAGGUAACGAAGAUGAUUCUCAGUAAUUUUAAAGAAGAAUACAAACAUGCUAUGAAUGGAUUGAUCGCGUCGAGGGCCUUCCCGAAAGCCUGGAAGCGAGCCGAAGUGGCACUGAUCCAGAAGCCGGGGAAACCCGCGGAACUUCCGAACUCAUACAGGCCGAUCUGCCUGCUGAGCACGCUCGGGAAAUCCUUCGAGAGUAUACUGAAUAAGCGAUUAGUAGACGAGCUAGACAGAAGAGAAAUCAUCAGCGAAAACCAGUUUGGGUUCCGCAAGGGACGAUCGACGAUCCAAGCAAUUCGAAAGCUCACAGAUAUAAUCGAGGCGGAAAACAGCAAGAAAAACAUCAAGUCGAGAGACUUGAUCUUGGCAAUUUUCAUAGACGUCAAGAACGCCUUUAACUCGUUAAGCUGGGCAUCCGUCUCACGGAGCCUAUCGAAGAACAACAUCUCAAAGCCCUUAAGGUACAUGAUAGAUAGUUAUCUUAACGACAGGACUAUCACCUGUAGAGGAGUGCAGAUGGAAAAUAUCGGCAGGGGCCCCCAAGGAUCGAUCCUGGGCCCGACACUAUGGAAUCUAGCGUAUAACGAGGUUUUCGGGCUUGACUUACCGCAGGAUUGCGAAAUAAUCGGAUACGCGGAUGACAUCGUUGUUGUGGUACGAGCAAGAACCGAAGAGUUUCUAGAAACGAGAGGAAACGAGUUUAUAAGACUGGUAAAUGAAAAGUUACGGGAGAUGAGGCUUGAGACCGCUCCGCAAAAAUCAGAGGCGAUAGUAUUCACAAGGAAACAUCAAACUGAGCCAAUCAAACUACACCAAGACGAUGACCCUAUCAACUUGAGCAAUUCGGUCAAAUAUCUAGGCAUAACUCUGGACAGAAAACUCACUUUCGUCCGGCACGUAAACACGGUCUGCGAAAAAGCCGCAAAGAAGGCAAAAAUGCUGAACAGGAUCCUCCCACGAACCUCUGGAGCCGAUGAGGCAAAAAGGAGACUCCUGGCCAAAGUCACGGAGCAGAUAGUAAGCUACGGAGUCCAGGUCUGGGAAAGUGCACUGGAAUAUGGGAAAGUCAGAGAGGAACUAGAAAAAACUCAGCGAAUAAACGCGGUGAGGAUUAAGUUCAGGCUCAGGAAGGAGAUCCGCGAAGGCCUUGUACAACCGAUGAACUUUGAAGAGGAAUGCCUCGACCGAUGGCAGGUACGGUGGAGCACGGAGUUUAUAACGGGACAUGGAGCUUUCAGACAGUACCUCCAUCGGAUCGGGAAGAGGGAAAGCGACAGGUGCCCCCUCUGCGGACUCGAGGAGGUUGACACCCCGGAGCACGGGGUUUUCCAUUGCAGGUUCUUCGACAGGGAGCGGGAAACGUGGCGAGAGAUCGCAGGCGGCGAAAACAACCGGGACAACAUCAUCGAUGCCAUGAUUGAGGACGAAAACGUCUGGAAGGCAACCCACACACUCAUUAAAGAAGUAAUCAGCACGAAGGAAGCGAAGGACAGGGAAGAGGAGCGAGCUCCGACUCAGCCGACACCCUGGGACCAACUGAAGGAGGAUAAAGGAGAGGGGAAGAUGCCAAGAGAGGAGGCGGAUGCAGACGACAGUGUUCCCGCCUUCUCAGCGGACACAAACCCUCGCCCGAAACCCUCGACUCGAAACCACCGAGCAGCGACGACGACGGAACAGCCGGCCCCACUCCUGCGUUGA